GUAUUCAAGAUUCCUCGAUAUUCUUCUCAUUCCCCGCUAUAAAAUUUGUUUACCUUCCCCUCCCCUUCAUCCUCAGCCAAAGUAGAAGAAACAAGGUCCAACUUGAUUGCUUGAUAUUAAAAAAGAGCUCACUAUCACUUCCCAUUUCUCAGUUUCUUUUGAACUGCGAACUUUUAAUGGCUACCAAGAUUCUUGCAUGUUCUUCUUCUCCCCUGGCACGCCAUAACAACCCUGCUGCUGCCGCUCCUGCCGCUCGCUCUUCAAGACUAGCCACUGCUCCUUCGGGUUCUGUGUUCUUUCCAUCUCCUGCGCCAUUUAGAGUCAAGAGUCCAUCCAGACUCUCUCUUGUGAGAGUUCAGGCCAACGGCGACCAUAAAGAUGCCGCGCUCGACGUGCAACAUGUCAGUAGCCAACCCAAAAAUCAGGACAUCGCCGUCCAAAGAAGGCCUCGCAGGUUGGCGCCCGUUGACAUCUCCCCCUUCGGUUUUCUCGAUCCGCUAUCUCCCAAGAGAACCAUGCGCCAAUUGCUGGACACGAUGGAUAGAUUAUUUGACGACGCCAUGACAUUCCCCGGAAUGGGAAUUAACGAGGGGGCGGCAGGGGGGCAGGUUCGCUCCCCCUGGGACAUUCACGAAGAUGAACGUGAAAUAAAGAUGCGCUUUGACAUGCCUGGACUCUCCAAGGAAGACGUCAAAGUCUCCGUGGAGGAUGAUGAUAUCCUCGUUAUCAGAGGCGAGCGCAGCAAGGAAGACCGAAAAGACGAUGAUGCAUGGACUCGGCGGAGUUACAGUUCAUAUGACACUCGCCUCCAACUCCCACAAGACUCUGAGACCGACAAAGUUAAAGCAGAACUCAAGGAUGGAGUUCUUUACAUUUCCAUUCCUAAGAGACAGGUGGAGAGAAAGGUCGUUGACGUAGAGAUCAAAUGAAAAGCUUCAGGUGUCGUGUUUAUUAUACGUGGUUGCCAAUCAUGUGCUAUUACUAGUGAUAUACUACUGGAAAGGUAUAAUAGUCAGCGGAGGUGGUUCAAGUUUUGGAUAUCUGCAUGUAACUACUACCAUGGCAUGCACACUGCUGUACUUUUUAGCAUGUACAAAAAGUAAAAAGUAUGCAGGUUUGUUAUCUACAAUAAUAUCGCCCCGAUAACUUGCUCCUC